AUGAAGUCCAUCUUCUUCAGCCUUUCUCUGCUCCUCCUUCUGGAGAAGCAAGCAGCUGGGAUAGGAAUCUACGGUGAGACAAAAGGACACUUUCUAGUAAAAACGUCCCCAGUUGUAUAUUUCCAGAAAGACCAUUUCCAGUAUGGGUCCAGAAGAGCACAGGAGGAUGGAGCUGAAGAAAGCAGUUUUGAGCAAACUAAGCACCGUGUGUAUGGCCAGGAUGCUGAUGCUGACCUGGGAGAGACUCAGAGCUCACAGCAACAGACAGGUGUAAGCGAAGACAUAGCUUGUAAUGAAGAAGACAAGAUUAGCCAACAAAAAUCCCGACUUCAGUCCCAUUCACAAAUAAAAUCCCAAACACAAGUAAAAUCCCACGUAGCCCAGGUGAAGUCCCAAACAGGCCAGCUCAAGACCCUAGGCCAGGUGAAAUCACAAAUCAAGCUGAAAUCCCACAGAGCCCCUCUGAAAUCCUCCCAGGCAUCACAAACUCUCCAGGAAGCCUUUCCUCAGCAAAUCAAGGGCAAAGCACAUGCCCUGGAUGAAGACCAGGCCCAAGUGCGUCAGCAGCAUAAAAUGGUUCACAGGCUCAAAAGCAGGCUUGGCUGGGCCAAGAGAGCAGCAGAGUUCCUUCCGUAUUUCAGACAGCACUUCCAAGGCUAUGAUGAGUAUUUUGUGCAGUUUCAAGGACAACUGCAGGGUGGAAUUCAUCCCACAAAGCCUUUCCACCAAGCUCAACAGACGUGCUACUGUCCAAACGGAGAGUUAAUCCUGUAUCAAGACGCCUUCACAGAAUAACACGUUCCCUAUCGGUCAAGGCCAGGACACAAUUAGAGGUAAGUGUCUCAGCAGGCGGGAGAGCUACCUACCCAGUGUUUGUAGGUGGAACACAGAGGACUGCCUGGGCCCAGUGUGAGAUUGGUAGUGAGGCCCACAGCAAUGGAUGUGCUGACAGCAAAGUGUGUGGAGCUGAGCUCCAUUCUCUGUGAAGCAAGC